UGGGGCAGCGCGGCGCCGAGGCACCGGGCGGCGGCGGCCACAGCCAGGUCUGUGGAUUUGUCAGCCUUGCAGGCUUCUGGAUGCAUCUUCCCUCAGCCAUGAGGAGAUCAAAAGGAUUUAAUAUCUGUGUGGUCACCUGCAGCAUCCUGCUCUUGUCCUGCAGCUUUCCAUGCCUUGCUCAGCCUCUGGAUGAGACUGGUGUGACAAAGGUCCAGCAUGGCCCCUGGGCAGGGAAUGGGCUGGAAGAUGAAAGGACAGGCAUGGUGGACUUGAAAAACAAUCUGGGCCCUUCUGAGCAGGCAGCUUCUGAGGAGCCAUGUGCAGUGUCAGAAAAGCUGUCUGGGACACCUGUGGAUGAAGCUUUCACUGCAGGAGGAGAAGCUCUCCCUGCCAGCCCGAGCCGUGUUGUCCCCAGCAGCCAGGCCCUGGGGGCUCACCCCUCUGCUGGGGCACUGCCUGCUGUGCCUGAGGAGGAGCUGGCUCCCACUGGGGCACAGCUGGACGAGGAUGAAGCACUCGGGGCCAUGCUGACCACAGCUGUGACCACCCUGAGCCCUCCAGUCCAGGAGGAGUCUGGUGUCCCUGUUGGUGACACCACAACAGAGGGUGCUGUGGCAGUGGAGCCCAGCUCUGCUGGCCCUUCAGCAAACCCCCUUUCUGGGACCACUGUGGAGGAGGAGGAGGAAGCAGAGAACAGCUCCCAGCCCACACUGAGCCCCAGCUCUCCCAGCUGGGAAGCAGCCAGUGACCACCCAGUCAUCCCAACUCCCCAGGCUGUGGGUGUGACCUCUGAGCUGGAGAUGCUGAGACCCCGCACAGGAAGCCCUCUGAGAUCCCUGGCUCCACCAACAUCUGUGGCUGCCAGACAUCCCCUUGUGGCAACUGAGGCCUCCCUUCAGCCAGAAGCAGGGACAGGUGUCACACAACGAGAGCUGCCCCCCACGGCUGGCACUGUCACCAUCACCCCUAUGGACACUGUGCCACCUGACUGGGAUGACACAAAACUGGGGGACAUCAGUCAAGGGGGAAGCAUGUCUCACCAGGAGGUGACAGAGGAGCUGGGGACAACAGAACCAUCCCAGACCACCCAGGAGGAUGUGGGGGAGGAGGAGGAGGAUGCCACAAGAGCAGUGCCCUCCCCAGUGUCCCCUCCACCAGUGCCUGGGCUUGCCAAGGAGAGCAACUGCACAGUGCCAGUGCAAGGGGAGGAGCUGCCAACAACUUCCACAGGCAGCAAUGAUGCCUUCCACACUGGGAACCUGUCAAAUGUAGACACAGCUGAUCUUGGCUCACUGGAAAACAUAAGUGCAGUCACAGCAGAGGAGGAGAAAAGCGUCCCUCCGUCACAGCCGGAGGCUGCUGUGGUGACAGAUACCCAGCCUGAGCUCUCUCCCACUCUGGGGAGUUCAUGGGAAGGUGUUACUCAGGAGGUGACAACAGCUGCCCAGGAGGCUGAUGCUGCUCUGUCAGCUGUGACAGAGGUGCCUGGUGCCACCCAGGGAGCAGGGGCUGCCAGCUUUCCUCAGGAGAACAGCGGGGAGGACACCCAGAUGCUGACGGCUCCCAGUGCCACCGAGGUGCUGGUGGCACCUGGUGCCUCCUCCACAGUGAAUCCUGUGCAUGCAGAAGAUCUCACAGAUGGGAUCCUGGUCACCAGUGAGAAGGCUGUUCCAGCCACUGGUGGGAUGUCUUCUACCCCAGCUGGACAGACAGAGGAGCCAUCCAGCAGAACUGUGGUCCUGGUGACUCCAGCAUCAGUGGCCUCCUCUGUCAGGAGAACAGCUCUCCCCUCUGUGAGGAGGAUCAGCACGGCCGUGACCUACGGGCUGGACCGCCUGGAGUCAGAAGAGGGUGAGGAAGAGGAAGAGGAUGAAGAGGAGGAGGAGGAAGAAGAAGAGGAGGAGGAGGAAGACGAGGAGGACAAAGACAUUGACCUGAUGGAUGAAAGCAUGGAGGGUGACACGGAGCUGCCAGGCUUCACACUUCCAGGAGAGACCUCCCAGGAGCCCCUGGCUGGCCUGGAAAACCCUGUGGCCCAGCUGGCUGGGGUAUCCUACCAGGUUCCUGACACCAUUGAGUGGGAGCAGCAGAACCAGGGUCUGGUGAGAAGCUGGAUGGAGAAGCUGAAAGAUAAGGCAGGAUACAUGUCGGGGAUGCUGGUUCCUGUGGGAGUUGGAAUAGCCGGAGCCCUCUUCAUCCUGGGAGCGCUCUACAGCAUUAAGAUUAUGAAUCGCCGGAGGAGAAACGGCUCAAAGAGACAUAAAAGGAAGCAGAGGGAAUUUAACAGCAUGCAGGACCGAGUCAUGCUCUUGGCCGACAGCUCUGAAGACGAAUUUUGAGUGGAGCUGCGGUGUCCUUGGGAGAGCCGGUGACUUUUCAGAGGAGGGAGGGAGGGAGAGAGGGGGAGACGAAGAACGAGCGAUGAUUUUUCUGCUGCAGCGCUGCUCCCUCGGCUGCCCCAGGCAGGGGUGGUGUCCCCAGCCGAAUGACAAUGACAAUGCUAUGCUCUACGUGUGCCACCCGUGAUGUUUGUUUUGAUACAGUAGUGGAGAUCUCACACUCGCCCCCGGCGCCUCAUUCAGAGCCACAGCUGGAGCUGAUCCACGUGGAUGAUUAUUUUCCUCUUGCCCUGGUGUACUGUUUUGGUCCUGGCUGGCAGUAAUCUAAUCAUAACAAUUGCUCUCACCCAUCCCAGGAAUGGAAAUCUUUACUGUGAAUGACUUCUGUCCAAUUCAUUUUAAAUGUUACAUUACCUGAGCUAGAGUUCAUUAGUGCUAAGAUUAGCUGCUCUGCUUAAUUAAUGAGUUGUAAGCCUGAACUGUAUCCCUGGCUGCCCGAGAAGUGCCCGUGUUCAGGGCUCUUGAUACAGUUUGAAGCACAUUUCUGCCCUUGGGUGCCCCCACUGUCACCCCUUUCUUCCUUCAGCUCUGCUCCACGCUGCUUGGAGACGCAGGAAUGGCCUCAGCACCUGAUUCCACCAUGAAAUUCCUUGUCCAUGUCCAACCAGCACUGUCUGUUACAGCACAAUAAAUACCAGCGCUCACCUAC